AUGACUGAGACUAAUACAAAAGAAUGCAGUAAGUCUAACGGUCCAGAACAGAAGGCGACAACAAAACAGAUGAAGAAGAGAAGAAAUACGCAUAUUGCAUGCGUUAACUGUGCGAAAUGGCACUUAUCAUGUGAAGCAAAUAGGCCAUGCUUUAGAUGUAUCAGUAAGGGGAUAGAGCACACAUGUGUGGAUGCGCCGAGAAAGAAGAGCAAAUAUUUGGCAGGUGUGCCCGAUGAUUCGUUAUCGAUACGAAGAAGAGGCUCGCCCUCAAAUAAUUUUAUGCAAAGUAGCGAUACUAGCAAUGGUAGUAGUAGUAACGGUAACAAUGAUAUCAGUGAUAGCCAGGAACAGCAAAAUUUCCGAAAUCCGCAACAUAUUGUCCACCGGUCGAAAUUUCUUUCAAAUGCGGCUGAUUCCGAGUAUUCGAUUUUAUCCAGAAUUAUCAACGAAGAUACUUUAAUAAACAAAAUACCUGUCGAUCUACUCUAUUCAAGCAAACAGCUUAAUUCAAAUAAUGAUACUGUACCGAGAGUCGCGGAUUCAUCCAAUGUAAAUUUGCCGCCGCAUUACUAUCCCUCGUCAGGUCAAAAUGUUUAUUCAGUAUUAUUAGGAGAUAAUUCUCUAAAUGUUGUAUCAUCAAAGAUAGACCUUUUUGAGAAUCAUUUCCCUCUAAUACCGGUCGAUAUAGCGAGUAGAUCGCUAAACUUUAAGCGACUGUUACCACACGACAGGAGUCCCAAAUCGGGAGAUAUUUGCCAGAAUCCACAUAUCAACCAAUACUAUCUAAACGUUGAAUCAUUAUCGUUCCCGGAAAUAAUGGGAAUUUUCAAACAAAACCAGCACACAAAUACGGGAGUUUCCGUGUCGUUUGCACUGGAGUGUUGUGCACCCGAUGCAAUGCGAAUGUAUAGCAAUCCAGAAUGGGAGCACUCUCUGCGAUACGCAACGCCGAUGGAGAUUUAUACACUAAUAAAUAAACCUUUUUCGCAUACUCCCGGAUUUCAUCAUCUUUUUACAUACUUGAGGAAAAGGUUCAACCAGCAGGCACUAGUGGAAAUAUGUCAAUCGUUGGCUGAGUUUCGGCCAAUCUUUAUUGCAUGUUCAGUUACUUUAACAGAAGAAGACAUGAUUUUUAUGGAGCAAUGCUACCAAAGAACAUUAUUGGAGUACGUAAAAUUUAUUGUGCAAAUCGGUACUCCAACAUGUGUUUGGAGGCGUAACGGACAGAUUUCAUACGUAAAUGAAGAAUUUGAGAUUUUAAGCGGAUGGAACCGGGAAGAGCUGUUGAACAAAAUGACUUUCAUCGUCGAAAUUAUGGAUGAUGAAAGUGUACGAGAUUAUUUCAAAACAUUCUCCAAGGUGGCCUACAAAGACUUCAAAGGUUCUGAACAAAUGCAGGUUUGCAAUUUACUCAGUCCCAUAAAGGGUGAAAUAAUCAAAUGCUGUUGUAUGUGGACUCUGAAACGAGACGUUUCUGGUCUGCCAUUAAUGAUAUUGGGUAACUUCAUGCCCAUACUAACUUAG